AUCCCCUCAGGCAAGGGCUGUGUCCAGAAAUCCUCCCAUUACUCUGUAUUCUCCUCAAAACCUGGCCAAGUGCUGGAUACAGAAUAAGAAGAGAAGAGAGAAGAUCAACAGGAGAAAGGAGAAGAGGACAAAGAUACUCAGAGAGAAAAAGUAAAGGACCGAAGAAGGAGACUGGAGAGACCAAGAUUCUUGCAGCUGAACAAAGUCAGCCGCAAAGCAGACUAGCCAGCAGGCUACAAUUGGAAUCCGAGUCCCAAAGACAUGGGCUUGUUAGAGUGCUGUGCGAGAUGUCUCGUAGGGGCCCCCUUUGCUUCCCUGGUGGCCACUGGAUUGUGUUUCUUUGGGGUGGCACUGUUCUGUGGCUGUGGACAUGAAGCACUCACUGGCACAGAAAAGCUAAUUGAGACCUAUUUCUCCAAAAACUACCAGGACUAUGAGUAUCUCAUCAAUGUGAUCCAUGCUUUCCAGUAUGUCAUCUAUGGAACUGCCUCUUUCUUCUUCCUUUAUGGGGCCCUCCUGCUGGCUGAGGGCUUCUACACCACCGGCGCAGUCAGGCAGAUCUUUGGCGACUACAAGACCACCAUCUGCGGCAAGGGCCUGAGUGCAACGUUUGUGGGCAUCACCUAUGCCCUGACCAUUGUGUGGCUCCUGGUGUUUGCCUGCUCUGCUGUGCCUGUGUACAUUUACUUCAACACUUGGACCACUUGCCAGUCUAUUGCCUCCCCCAGCAAGACCUCUGCCAGUAUAGGCAGUCUCUGUGCUGAUGCCAGAAUGUAUGGUGUUCUCCCAUGGAAUGCUUUCCCUGGCAAGGUGUGUGGCUCCAACCUUCUGUCCAUCUGCAAAACAGCUGAGUUCCAAAUGACCUUCCACCUGUUUAUUGCUGCGUUUGUGGGGGCCGCAGCCACACUGGUUUCCCUGCUCACCUUCAUGAUUGCUGCCACUUACAACUUUGCCGUCCUGAAACUCAUGGGCCGAGGCACCAAGUUCUGAUAUCUUGUAGAAAUUUUCCUUUCUCUAAUAGCGAGGCUCUAACCACACAGCCUACAAUGCUGCGUCUCCCAUGUUAACUCUUUGCCUUUGCCACUGACUGGCCCUCUUCUUACUUGACGAGUGUAACAAGAAAGGAGAGUCUCGUGGUGAUUAAUGUCUCUCCGUGGACUCUCCCCUCUUACGUACCUCUUUUAGUCAUUUUGCUUCAUAGCUGGUUCCUGCUAGAAAUGGGAAAUGCUUAAGAUGGUGACUCCCCAACUGCAAGUCACAAAGAAAUGGAGGCUCAAUUCAAUUUUCAAGCAUCUCCUGAGGACCAGGAAGUGUUUUCUUCUCAAGGGGCACUUCCACUGAUGGAAACAAAGUGGAAAGAAAGAUGCUCAGGUAGAGAAAAGGGAUGUACCUGGCUCCCUUGCCAUUUUGGGGGCCAAAUAUAUUCUCGUUGGUGUACAAAACUGAGAACUCACUCCUGUCUCCCUAUUACCAUUGAAGAUAGAAGAAAAAAAGAAUGCUAGCAAAACAAUAAGAGCAUUUGCCCAAAUCUACCUAUUGCAGCUGGGAGAAGGGGGUCAAAGCAAGGAUCUUUCGCCCAUAGAAAGAGAGCACUGACCCCGAUGGCAAUGGACUAUUUAAGCCCUAACUCAGCCAACCUUACUUAUAGCAUAAGGGAGCGUAGUGUCUGUGGAGACAAAGGGGGCACCUGGCCUUAUACCUCGUUAGAGAAGAGAAACAAGGUGUUGUCAGCAUUUUCUCACUCCCUUCUCCUUGAUAACAGCUACCAUGACAACCCUGUGGUUUCCAAGGAGCUGAGGAUAGAGAGAAACUAGCUCAUAUGAAAAAAGACUGGCCUAAGGAGCAGCAGUUGCUAGAGGCUAACGGUGUAAACUGAGCCAGCCCUCUGGUAGACACAGGAUAGAUAACUCUCUGGAUAGCAUGUCUUCUUUCUGUUAAUUAGUUGUGUACUUCGGCCUCUGUCAUAUCUUCACAAUGGUGCUCUUUUCAUGGGGUAUUAUCCAUUCAGUCAUAGCAGGUGAUUUGAAGAUCUUGAUUUGUUUCAGAAUGAUGCACAUUUCACAUUUUUCAGUUUGUCUAUUGCUUGUUUGGGGUUGUACCAGAAAGGUCUGGAGAAUGAUUCUUUGAUUAUGAUUCUUUAACAAAUGAAAAUUGGACAUUAAAAAAACGCAAAUGAUGUGUAAAA